AUGUCUACAAUUCAGGCAAUGAUAGAAAUACGUUUAUUAAAAUAUUUGUUUUUGUUUAUUAUAUAUAUUCUAUGGAAAAUACAAAAAUCCGAUCAUUUAUGGAAAAUCCCUAAUGAAAUAAAAGAUUUAAGCGAUACCAUUCAAAAGGUUGAAGUUGAACCGAACGAUACAUUAGUUCCUCCGGCUUUAACUUUAUGUAUAGAAAAAGAUCUAGAAUAUUAUUUCAGUGCCAAAGUCCAUGGUAUUGAAACAGGAAAUGAUUAUAUAACCAAGUUUGAGUCUAAUGAUCCAAAUUUGACCAAGUAUGGACUUAAUGUUGCAAAAUGUUGGGCACCAUAUGACCAUGAACUUAUAACAGAUGAUAUAAUCGAUACAACUCAAGUAAAACUAUGA